AUGCAAUCUUAUUUGUUGAUCUUGAUACUUUUAAUUAUCAUUUAUUCAACUGAUGCAUGGAUUCGAGUACGAAAUAAAGGUGGUUAUAUAGCUCGAUUUUAUGUUGAUUAUCAUUUACCUAAUCUACCAAAGCAAAUUUUUGUUUCUGGUUUCCAAAUGCCUAUAAAAUUAUUCGAACAAACAUUAUCAUCUGGAAAUUAUCCAGUAGGCAAAACAAGGGUUAUUGGUGUACCACGCAAUGCACUUACUGCUCGUGUUCGUGUUGAACGUUUUAUAUUUUAUCCAUUUUUUGGUUGGUAUUGGAAAGAAAUAUUUCGUCAAGAAGUUGGUCCUCAAGAUAAAGUUUGCUAUGAUAUUUGGGGUACAACUGUUCACCCCUUUUGGACAAGUAUUACUUGUUAA